CCCCAGGACCAUUUGAGGGCCCCAACUACCACAUAGCGCCGCGCUGGGUGUACAACCUGACGUCGCUGUGGAUGAUCUUCGUGGUGGCGGCGUCGGUGUUCACCAACGGGUUGGUGCUCGUGGCCACCUGGAAGUUCAAGAAGCUGCGCCACCCCCUCAACUGGAUCCUGGUGAACCUCGCCGUGGCCGACCUGGGCGAGACCGUCAUCGCCUCCACCAUCAGCGUCAUCAACCAGAUCUCGGGGUACUUCAUCCUCGGGCACCCCAUGUGCGUCGUCGAGGGAUACACCGUGUCUGCAUGCGGCAUUACGGCGCUGUGGUCGCUGGCGAUCAUUUCGUGGGAGCGGUGGUUCGUGGUGUGCAAACCGUUCGGGAACAUCAAAUUCGACGGGAAGUUGGCGGUGGCGGGAAUCCUCUUCUCCUGGCUGUGGUCCUGCGCGUGGACCGCGCCGCCCAUCUUCGGGUGGAGCCGGUAUUGGCCCCACGGCCUGAAGACGUCGUGCGGCCCGGAUGUGUUCAGCGGCAGCUCCGACCCGGGGGUGCAGUCCUACAUGGUGGUGCUGAUGGUCACGUGCUGCUUCUUCCCCCUCGCCAUCAUCAUCCUCUGCUACCUGCAAGUCUGGCUCGCCAUCCGCGCCGUGGCGGCUCAGCAGAAGGAGUCGGAGUCGACGCAGAAGGCGGAGAAGGAGGUGUCCCGCAUGGUGGUGGUGAUGAUCGUGGCCUACUGCUUCUGCUGGGGGCCCUACACCUUCUUCGCCUGCUUCGCCGCCGCCAACCCCGGCUACGCCUUCCACCCCCUGGCGGCCGCCCUGCCCGCCUACUUCGCCAAGUCGGCCACCAUCUACAACCCCAUCAUCUACGUCUUCAUGAACCGACAGUUCCGGAACUGCAUCCUGCAGCUCUUCGGCAAAAAGGUGGACGACGGCUCCGAGGUGUCCACGUCGCGCACGGAGGUCUCCUCCGUCUCCAACUCCUCCGUCUCGCCCGCCUAAGGCCUCCCGCCGAGCCCGCUUCCGGUUCCGGCCUCGACACCGCAGCUUCCGGUUCCGGCCUCCGCGCGACAGCUUCCGGUUCCGGCCUCCACACCGCAGCUUCCGGUUCGAGGAGCCCGUCGCUAUGGCGACCGCCGCCGCCCCGCGCUCGGUCUCGGUCCCCGCCCCCGCUGUACAGCCCCGCGCCCCUCGUAGCCAAUAAAAGGCUUCGUUUCGUCCGU